AUGGCGGUGGCCAAUGCUUGGGCCACGGGACACACCGCCGUGCCUCUGCGGCAGUUCCGCCGCUCCUCCUUUACUCCCGAAGUGGUCAACUCCCUGUUGAAGAAAAAAUCACCGACCAAUUCGCCCAAUAGUUAUCUCGUCGGAAGAAGAAGGGAUUUCAGUUUGUCUUGCCGAUAUAGCAGUAAUCUAGAGGACGGUAAGAGUUACGGCGAUUGCGACGGUGACAGUAUCAGUUCUUCUUCCUCGUCAUCCGCUUGUUCGUUGUCGUCGCCGUCGCCGUCGCCGUCGGAGGGUUGGGAUUGGAACAAAUGGACCCGCCAUUUUACUGAGAUUGAGCAGGCUGAAAACAAUGCCUCUGUUCUCAAGUUUCAAUUGGAAGAUGCAAUAGAGAAGGAGGACUUUCGGGAAGCUGCUAAGUUGAAGACGGCUAUUGCAGAGACAACAUCCAAAGACAGUGUUGCUGAAAUUAUGUCAGAGUUGAAGAGUGCGAUUGAUGAAGAGCGUUACCACGAUGCAUCGAGAUUAUGCCAAAAUACAGGAAGCGGAUUGGUUGGUUGGUGGGUUGGCUAUUCGAAGGAUUUGGGUGAUCCUUUUGGAAGGUUAGUCCAGAUCACACCAGGAACAGGCAGAUUUAUUGCAAAAUCUUACAGUCCAAGGCAGUUGAUGACAGCAUCUCCCGGAACUCCUCUGUUUGAAAUAUUUGUUGUUAAGGACAAUGAGGGAUAUAAAAUGCAGGUCGCAUUUCUAGAAACUGUCAAAGGAAAUUCAGCAAAUUCAAGUUCUUCAUCUGAUAAAUCCACCACCAAAGGGCCCUCAGUAGUUGAAGCCAAUAAUGCAUCCGUAAUCGAUGUCGAUCUCGAAGAGAAGGAAGUGGAAAGCGGAGAAUUUAAACCUGAGAAUACAUCCAUAAUCGAUUUCGAGCUCGGAGAGAAGGAAGUUGAAAGAGUAGAAGUUUCUAGAGACGUGCGUGAAAUAUUGAAGCUUGCCGUCAUUGAGGCCCAGAAACGAAGUAGACUGUCCGAGUAUACUAAUUUUAGUCGAAUCACUAUUUCCAAUAGCGAUUUAGAUCCUUUUAGUGGUUUGUAUGUUGGUGCUUUUGGUCCAUAUGGUCCUGAGAUUGUACAAUUAAGGCGCAAAUAUGGUAAUUGGAAUACGCAUAACAAUGAUUCGUCUUCUGAUGUUGAGUUCUUCGAGUAUGUUGAGGCAGUAAAGCUGACUGGGGAUAUGAAUGUUCCUGCCGGUGAGGUAACAUUUCGAGCUAAAGUAGGGAAAGGAAAUCGCCUCACUAACAAGGCGAAGUUGUACCCUCGUGAACUAGGAGUCGUUGCAAGUUACAAUGGUCAAGGAAGAGUCGCAGAAUUUGGGUUUCAAAACCCCAAAUGGGUCGAAGGCGAGUUUCUUCAACUCGAUGGCAGGAGUUUGGGAGUCCCAUAUAUCAAUGGCGUGAAUUUGGGUUUUCUUUACGCUGUCCCGGAGCAAGCUUUUCUCGUGCUUUUCCAUCGUCUGAAUCUCCCAGAGUGA